UCGAGAGAUUUUGCUUUUUCAUUCUUCUGUGAUUUUUCUCUUAUGGCAAACUCCAAGAAGCAAGCAUGGUUCUUUUGCACCACAGGCUUACCAAGUGACAUCGAAAUCGAAGUUGAUGAUAUAGCAUUUCAUCUACACAAGUUUCCUCUGAUGUCUAAAAGCAGAAAACUUCAAAGGCUGAUUACAGAGCAAGAACAGAGUGAUCCUCACAUAAAGCUUGAGAAUUUUCCGGGAAGUUCAGAGAUUUUCGAGACAGUGGUAAAGAUAAGCUACGGCUUCAAAGUCGACAUCUCUGUUUCAACGGCGGUUCCACUACGCUGCGCCGCCGAUUAUCUCGAAAUGACAGAAGAGUACUCACCGGAGAAUCUAAUUUCGAAAACAGAGAGGUUUCUCACACACUUCGUCUUCAGUAACAUACGAGAAUCCAUUGAAGCGUUGAAAGCUUGUGAAUCAGUCUCGUCUUUAGCUGAAUCUCUCGGUUUAACGGAACAGUGUAUAGAUUCCAUCGUCUCCAAAGCUUCCUCAACCAAUCCGUCGUUGUUUGUGUUCGGUUGGCCAAUAAACAACGGAGGUGUCCUCGCCGUAGAUCGCAAGAAACAGAGCAAUGAUUUGAAAACAGAGCUUUGGUUUGAAGAUUUGACGGAAUUGAGUUUUCCAAUCUUUAGACGAGUGAUCAAAGCUCUGAAGUCGAGAGAUCUGAGUCCAGAGAUCGUAGAGAAAUCUCUAAUAUCAUACGCAAAGAAACAUAUUCCCGGAGCCUCUCGUUCAUCAUCAGCAUCGUCAUCUUCCUCCUCUGCCACCAUAGCUUCCGAGAAUCAACAAAGAGAAUUGUUAGAGACUAUAACCUCAUAUCUUCCAUUAAACAACUCCUCUGUAACAACAACAGUAACGACGAGAUCUCUCUUCAAUUUAUUACGAUCUGCGAUCAUCCUCAACACCUCCGAGAGUUGCAGAGCCUUGCUGGAGAAAAAGAUUGGAUCGAGUCUUGAGAAAGCUACGCUUGAUGAUCUACUCAUCCCAAGCUACUCGUAUCUCAACGAUACGUUAUACGAUAUUGAUCUGGUGGAGAGACUUCUACGUCGUUAUCUCGAAAACGACUUCGUGUCGCCUCCGUCGCUAACGGUGGUUGGGAAGCUGAUCGACGGGGUUCUUGGUGAAAUAGCAUCGGACGGUAAUCUUAAACCGGAGAAGUUUUAUGACCUGGCGGUUUUGCUUCCGGUUCAAGCAAGGGCUUACGAUGAUGGACUUUACAGAGCCGUCGAUAUAUAUUUCAAGACGCAUCCUUGGAUAUUGGAGGCAGAGAAGGAGAAGAUAUGUAGUGUAAUGGACUGUCGGAAACUGACUGUUGAAGGAUGCACACACGCGGCACAAAACGAGCGUUUACCACUACGAGCCGUCGUACAAGUCUUGUUUCUGGAGCAGUUACAGCUCCGAGAAGUAAUCACCGGGACGUUAACGAGGGAUGAAGAAAGAGAGGUGGGGGAGUUUGGGAGAUGGAAGAGGACGGUGAAGGAGAACGAGGUGCUUCGUUUGGAUAUGGAUACGAUGAGGACACGAGUGAACCAGCUAGAGAGAGAGUGCUCGUACUUGAAGAAAGUGAUCGUUAAGAUAAUCGACAAGACAAGUUCAUCGGAGGAUGGGGAGAGAAAAUGGUCACUCGGGAAGAAGUUCGGAUGCAAAUUCACGACACAGGUCUGUGAUUCGCACGAGGCUACGGUGGUUGAUCGAAGAUCACGUCGACGCUCUUAGCUAGUACGUACAGAAAUCAGAAUCAUCUUGCGCUUCCUAAAAUUGUAUUUUGUUUUAUUUUUCUUAAAGAUGUAUCCUUUUAUA